AUGGACCACGGGGAAGGAGAAGACUGCAACGCUUUUCCCUUCGACUUAUCUUUCUACGACCUUUCAGAAAGCAUAAACGGAUUAAUCUGCUUGAACGGCCCCAAACCCCGAUUCUGCAACCUAAGCACCAGACAGUAUGUGACGCUGCCGCCCUCAAGAUUAAGCCUCCCAGAAUCAUGCUUCUCAUUGGGCUUCGACUCUUGCAGCAACACCUACAAAAUCUUGAAGGCUUCGAUAGCCUAUCAGCCAGGGAGUUGCGUAUGCGAGAUUCUCACUCUCGGCUCCAAAACAUGGAGGGAAGUCACCGUUGAUUCUUAUUAUUUCCCUGUCCUUAAGUACCUGCGGAGUAUAUGCGUCCGUGGAAGUCUGUAUUGGGAUCAUGCGCUCUUAGACGAAAUAGUGGCGUUUGGUCUGGUGGAGGAGAGGUUUCGACUGGUUCCACCACCGGCCGGUGUACCCCAGUACAGUUCUUUGGCACAGUUGGAUGGGCGUCUGGCGAUGGUGAAUUACAGGGGUCUGAUCAGUGGGGACACUAUACCGAUGUGGGUACUGGAUGAUGAUCAAAAUGGGGUUUGGAGUAUGAAGCAAAGAAUUGUGUUUUCCUCUAUUUUGAAUGAUGCUAGACUUGGACUGCAGGGCAUUCCUCCAAAGUACUUUCAUACUGUGGAAACAACCCAUGCUGGUGCCUUGGAAUGCGGAAGGAUAUAUGCUGCAUUACAAUUUAGAACUGAAGAGUUUCAGGGUCCAAUCAUUCUGGAAACCAAAGGAGCGUGGUCUGCCGUUAUGGACUCCAAUUGUCAUCAAUUAUGUGGAGAGUCUUGUACCAUUGAGAGAAAUUAUGAACUCUUACAGAUCCUAAAAUUGGCUCUUAAAUUUUUGCAAAAAUAUCAUUAA